GUCUCGCAGAGCUGGCCGUUAGCUGCAAACCUGCAAUUGCCAAGUCUUUGCCAGCAAGGUGGCUCUGUCUUGAAAGGGGAAAGGUAACACGAUGUGGAGCGUUGGCAGCCGAAUGGUGGUCAGUCUCAUGACCAUGUCAGUCACCGAGGUAUUCACCGGGUUCGCGGUCUUCUCUGUGCUAUUCCUGCUGAUCCGCGCUUCUAGAAGGAAAGUUCCCAAGGGUCUGAAGCAACCGCCAGGUCCGCUGAGUGUGCCGGUCAUUGGGCACACGCUGUCGCUGGGGGAUAACCCUCACCUGGCUCUCACUUCCAUGAGCGAGCAGUACGGAGACAUUUUCCAGAUUCGGAUCGGUACCCGGCCAGUGCUGGUUCUCAGCGGGUUGGACACUUUAAAGCAAGCACUGAUCAAGCAAGGGGACGACUUUUCUGGCCGGCCAGACCUCUACAGCUUCAAGUUUAUCAGCGAGGGCAAAAGCUUGACUUUCAGCAGCGAUUACAGCGAAGUUUGGAGACUGCGCCGAAAACUGGCGCAAAAUGCGCUGCGCACCUUUUCAGCUGAAGAGUGUAAAAAUUCCACCCACUCCUGCCUAUUGGAGGAGCAUGUCUGCAGCGAGGCGCAGUACCUGGUCGAGAUCUUUACCGAACAGAUGAAGACAAGAGGCAGCUUCGACCCAGCGAGAUACCUCGUGGUGUCGGUAGCCAAUGUAAUUUGCGCUCUGUGCUUUGGCAAGCGAUACAGCCACAACGAUCAAGAGCUCCUUAACAUCCUCAACGUGAGCGAUGAGUUCGUGAAAACUGUAGCCUCGGGCAACCCCGCCGAUUUCAUCCCAAUCCUGAGAUUCCUCCCGAACUAUUCCAUGGACAAGUUUAUCGCCUUAAACAGAAGAUUCCUAACUUUCGUUGAGAACAUUGUAAAGGAGCAUUACCGCACUUUUGACAAGGAUAACAUUCGGGAUAUAACCGAUUCUCUGAUUGGACAUUGCCAGGACAAAAAAGUGGACGAAAAUGCUAAUAUUCAAAUAUCCGAUGAAAAAAUCGUUGGCAUUGUGAAUGACUUAUUUGGAGCUGGUUUUGACACCAUUACUACUGCUCUCACCUGGUCUGUUAUGUACCUGGUCUCUUAUCCUGAAAUUCAGAAGAAAUUGCACAAGGAAAUAGAUGAGAACAUUGGGAAAGACAGAAGCCCAAGGAUAGCAGACAAGCUGUUAUUGCCCUACACUGAAGCUUUCAUCAUGGAGACCUUCCGACACUCAUCCUUUCUACCAUUUACCAUUCCUCACUGCACAACGAAAGAUACAUCAUUAAACGGAUAUUUCGUCCCUAAAAACACGUGUGUUUUUGUGAACCAGUGGCAAGUGAAUCAUGAUUUAACCCUUUGGAAAGACCCAUUUGAGUUCCACCCAGAGCGGUUUCUAAAUCCUGAUGGAAAAAGUAUCAAUAAAGUGGAAUGUGAAAAAGUUCUACUGUUUGGCAUGGGCAAAAGGAGAUGCAUUGGAGAGCCUAUUGGCCGCACAGAGGUCUUCUUGUUUCUCACCACUCUUAUCCAACAUUUGAGAUUUGAGAAAAGGCCUGGGCAGGACAUUGAUAUGACACCACAAUAUGGACUGACAAUGAAACCCAAGAGAUGUGAAGUACAAGCUGUGCAACGUUCCUCUACCAAGGCAGUGCCUUAAUUCUGUACGAAUUAAGAAAAGGAGGACAGGAUUCAAUUUUUGUAUAUUACAGAUAUAUACCUACGGUAUGAGGGAAUAGUUAAACCUUAAAUUGUAUGUUUUCUCAUGUUUAUUGAAAUAUGCUGCUGUUGUGCCACUGUUGCCUUGUAUUUAAAAUACCAAUGAAGAAGUAGCCUACUGUAUAAGCAGAAAUGAAAAAAAUACGAAAAUGAAGUUUGUGAAGCUGUAUUCAAAAUCAACACAUUUAAGAAAGUACUUGUUUUUUUAAUGAAAUAUUUUGCUACAGAAAUCAUGUAUUAAGGAAAACAUAUAUAAAACUGCUUUAUACUGUAUAAAGGGAUUUGAUGUUUAUACGUUUAAUCUCUGAUCAAAUUGAAUAAUUUGCUACAGAGGUAAAUGACUGUGCUUAUAUAAUAUGUUAUCUUCCCGACAUAUAAUGAAUGUUUUACAGCCAACUGAUUCUCAUUGAAGUUUAUCUGUUGACGUUUUGUCGGGUAAAUGUGAAAGACUGCUGAUAAAAAGGGUCAGUAACGAAGGAAAAUGCACAGCAGGUCUGCUGGCAUCUGGAAAGAAUCAGAUGAUUAUAGCACAGGUAGUUCAGUGUAAGAAGAAUCUAGUUAGUACCACCCUACGACCCUCCUAUUUUUUCAGAGAAUUAAAUAACUUCCUUUUGAACUCUAUAACUCAACUGGCUUCCACUACCAUCCCCAGCUGUGCAUUCUAGAUUUAGUUACUCAUCAUCUAAAAUGAUUAUUUCUCAUGUCAUCUUAGGGUCUUUUACUAAUCACCUUCCUAAUGUGGCCAAACUUCUUGACACACCUGCCCCAUCAAAGAGCGCAAUUUCUCUAUGUCUGCAACUUUAUUGAUGUUAAACCUUUGUUAUAUAUAAACAGCCUCAAUCUAACAUCUCUGGGAGUAUAUAUUUUUCUGCACCCUCACCAAAGACUUCACGUCUGUCCUUAACAUGGCACCUAGAUCUUGACAUAAUGCUUCAGUUGUGGCCAAACCAAUGUGUUAAGUAGGUUCAUCAUGUCUUUCUUGAUCUUAUAUUCUAUGUUUCUUUAUAGAAAUGCAAGAACCUCAUUUAAUUAACCAUUUUCUGAACAUACUUUUACACAUCCAAUGAACUACGCAUACAUAACCAGAUCUCUUUUUUCCCAUUCUCUUUUUAAUUGUUUGGCCACAAGUAUAUUGACUGUAUAUAUUGCAUCGCAGUCAUGCAGGGAGUGAAUGUGCAAAGUGUAGGUGGACAGCAGGUGAGCAGAGUUUAGUAUUGUUUAGUCUUCCUUAAUGGAGAUUCUAGCAGCAUCUUCUAUUGAAGAAGAAUGAUAUGAUGUUUUUAUCUAGCACUUCAGUCAUCCUUUCUGCCUUCAGGAGGUCAUACAACCGUACUGGCCCUUCUGGUUCUUCCUACCAAAAUGUCAUAUUUAAUAAUUGCAUUUCAUCUGCCACCUAUUCAGUUUACUAAUCUGUUUGUAUCUCCUUGAAAUGUGUUACUAUCCUCUCAUUUCACUCUACUACAAAGUUCUGUGUCAUCUGCAAGUCUGGCAAUUGUACUCAAUGCAGUCAUCCAGGCCAUUAAUUUUAGAAUAAAGGGCAAGGCUAGAGAGGUUAGGAAUCAUGAUGGAUGAGGGAUAUUGAGGCUGUGGUCUGGGGAGAGGAUACCUAUGAGUGGUAUAGGCAACUGAGACCAAGAGAAUCCCUUGGGAAGUAAAAGGGAUAUAGGAGUAUAGUUAAGAAAAUGUGAGAUAGCUGAGAAUUCCCAGAUAUUCUAUGGGUAUGCUAAAAGCUAAAGGGUAACUAAGAAGUGAAUAGGUCCUCAAAAGGGUCACUGUGGUCAUCUACACGUGGAGCCAAUGGGAGAUGAGCGUGGUUUUAAAUACUUUUUGGCCGUAUUUACUGUAGAGGCCAUGGGAACUGGAAAAUUCUGGGAAGGGAAUAGUAAUGCCUUGAAACAGAACCAUGUUACAAAAAAGGAGAUGCUGGUAGCCUGGAAAUGCAUAAAGUUCUGGGGCCUGACCAGGUAUAUCCUAAGACCUUGUGGGAAACCAGAGAAGGAUUUACUGACAGAGAUAUUUGAAGCAUCAUUAGCCACAGGUAAGAAAUAAUGGAAUACUGAAGGGUGCUAAUUUGUCUUUAUUUAAGAAGGGCUGCAAGGACAAGCCAGAAACUAGUCUAAUAUCAGUGAUGAGAAAUGUAUUUGAGGGGAUUCUGAGGGUCAGGAUCUACCUAUAUUUUGAAAGGCCUUGAAUAAAUUUAUGCUGGCUUCUUAACCAAUUCACACUUGUCCAGGUGACUGAAAAUUCCGUGCCUGAUUAUUGUUUCUUAUAUGCCUCUUCCAGCAGUGACACUACCAGCUCUGCAGUCAUUGGAUACAUUGCUAUAUCUUUAUGUGGACAGUGGCAUAAUAUUGCAAGUUUACACACUCUAAAACACACCCCUGUAUCUAUAGAUGUUUGGAAGCUUGUACCAGAAGCUCUGCUCUUCCCACACCCCCCACCACCCCCACUUCGCUCAGCAACUUUGGAAGCAUUCUAUCCAUGUUUAAUCAGCGGCAUCUGUCAUGAGAUUUGUUAUUAUGUGGCAGCAGUACAAAUAUAUAAAAGUAUAAUAAAUAAGUUAAAUUAAAUAAGCAGUGCAAAAAGAGAAAAAAAAGUAGUAAGGUAGUGUUCAUGGAUUCAAUGUUCAUGCAGAAAUCUGAUGGCAGAUGGGAAGAAGCUAGUCCUGAAAUGUUGAGUGUGCCCCUUCAGCGUUGCCUUUCUGUUAGCUUGAACCAGUUUGACCAUUUUCUUCUGACCUUUCUCACUAACAAGACAUUUUUGCCCACAGAACUGCUGCUGACUGGAUGUUUUUUGUUAUUCGCAUCGUUCUCUCAUACUUCAGGGACUGUUCUGCGUGAAAAUCCCAGGUGAUCAGCAGUUUCUGAGGUACUCAAACCACCUCUCCUGGCAACAACAAUCAUUCCAUGGUCAAAGUCACCGAGAUGACAUUUCUUAGCCACUUUGAUGUUUGGUUUGAGAAACAUCUAACCCUUUUGACCAUGUCUGCAUGCUUUUAUGCAUUGAGUUGCUGCCACAUGAUUGUCUAAUUAAAUAUUUGCAUUAACAACCAGGUAUACAGGUGUACCUAAUAAAGUGGCCACUGAGUGUAUAUGCAAGUCAAACUGCUGCCAAGAUUUCAGCAUAAUCUUCUAUCCCAUAUUUAACAUCUCUACCACCUCAAGGCAGCAUUGAAAUAAAUGCAUGGGAUUAACAAUCUCUUUCACACUACUAACUAUCCUGAUCAGUAAAUUUUCAAGUAUUCUUUCACUGGCACUGGACUAGAAUCUGAAAAUCUCCUGCCAUAUAGCAAGAGAAUUCUUAGCGAAUCAAUUACAGAAAUUCAAGAAGGUAGCUUACUAUGACUUUCUUAAGGGACGUUUAGGUUUUAGCAGUACUGCCAACAUCCCAUGAAAAUAAAAUAACUAUGUUUAUGAAGCAAAUUGUAUGAGCUAAUGGGAAAAAGCAGAGGGGAAUUAAAUAAUUACUCUUCCAAAGAACUUGCAGAGACAUAAUGGGCCAAGGUUCUCCUGUAUCAUGGGAAAAUAUAAAAUAUAUCAUGGUGAUAGUAGGGGUUGCUGAUCAAAAAGACAAAAUGGCAAUUU